AUGUGGCCAGCAGUGCACCAGAAGGAAGAGGACCAUACAGGAGCUUUUGGAGAUGGGGCGAGGAACAAGGAGAACCUUGCUUUCAAAAGAGCCAAGGAGGAAAGGGACACGGUCCAUGAAGAGAGACUGCUCCAGGGGUUCCUGGAGGAAGAGAGGAAGGUGGUUCAUCCAGCUCAUGUCACAGUACCAGCACCAGUGCAUGUGCCAACUACAAUGUCCGCAGGUGCGCAGCCAGUCAAUCGUCCAGUGUCAUCACCCUGCCUGCUGGCUGGGCGAGGUAACUCCUCAGGUCACUACCCUCUCCAGCCUGCCUUGGGCUUGGAGAGUGAGGAGGAGGGCGAGGGACAGCAGAUGACCCUGAACAUCCGCCAUCCAUCGCUCCAUCGCCUAGAGCAGGGACCCCCAGGGACUCAGAGGACAAGGAGGAGGAACGGGUGGAUGUGGUCACAGAGGAGGCUGCUCUCAAGAAUAUCCAAGAGCAGCUCCAGAGCCGAGAAAAGCACCAUGACACCUGCCCUGGAGCCAGAGCUGGAGAGCCAUGUCCUUCGAGCUGCCCUGCAUGCCGUCUUCACCCUGGGCACGGAGAAGGACACCACCCAAGUCCAGGAUCUGCAUAGGGUCUUGCCAGACAUCCUGGAUGCCAUGCUGGGGAACCUGCUGGCAGAGUCCCCAGACACUGACAAGCUCCACUACAUCUUGGAGAACAGCAGAAUUCCCCAGGAUGGGUCACCGUGUGGCACAGCUGGCUCUGUCCAUGAGUGAUCCAGCCAAGGACAUCAGCUGACAAGCCAG